AUGAAUCAAAAACCUGUUUGGGAGGAUAGACAAGUAAAAUUCGAUAUUCCAGCAAUCUACAAAACGUUGCGCAGCGGCGAACGUGUGCUGGAAGUAUUCGACUGCGUAGAGGACACCAAGGGCAACAGCGGAGAUACGGGCCGCCUUCUGGCGACCAACCUGCGCGUGAUAUGGUACUCGGUGACAUCCCAUCGCUUCAGUCUAUCCAUCGGCUACUCCUGUAUACUGACCAUGAACACCAAAACGGUGGUAUCGAAACUACGCGGCACGACCCAAGCCCUGCACAUUCUCGGUGUCGGAAGUAACUCGCGCUUCGAAUUUAUCUUCACGCACAUGCUGGCCAACACGAAACAUUUCGCACCCAUUUUCGACAUCUACCGACUGUACCAGGCUUCGACGGUGUAUCGCGAGCUAAAGCUACGGUCCUCGGUCGUAGUGGCCGGCCAGCUACAGGUCUUGCCGCAAGAACAACUGUUCAACACAAUCAGUGGCGUGUGGAAUCUGUCCAGCGAUCAAGGGAACCUGGGCAUUCUGAUCAUCAGCAACGUGCGCUUGGUGUGGUUUGCCGAGAUGAACAAUAGUUUCAACAUUUCGCUCCCGUACCUGCAGAUUGCCAGUGUACGGAUUCGCGAAUCCAAGUACGGCCCCGCUCUGGUCGUUCAAACACUGGAAACGGGUGGUUCGUAUGUGCUCGGUUUUCGUAUCGAUCCCCCGGAACGGUUGGGCGACGUGUACAAAGAGCUACUUUCGCUGCACAGUGUCUACACGGAAACGCCCGUGUUUGGGGUCGUCUACGAGGCUCCGGUCGACACGGAACGUCCGCCGAGUAAAACGUUCGACGACAUCGAGGAGCUCGAGUCCGGAGCGGGGGGGGAAAUUAAUUCUAAAUUUACUGCCUAUCUCACCGAAACUGACGAUGGGUCGACCGGUAGUGGACGCAAGCCGUUCUAUUGCAAGGAGCUGGGCUUCGCAAUGGAAUCCCUGAAAGAAGGAUACACCGUCAAGGAUCUGUGGGACGUUCUCCCAUCGCAGUAA